AUGACUGCUGAUUCACUUGAGAAUUAUCAAAAUCAAGAUGGUAAAGAAUCCGGAAAAAGACAAAAAUGCAGAAAUAUCUCAAUAAAACCUGACAAAAAUGCUAAAAAUAAGCUUUAUCGAUCUUGA